CGAUCGAGCACAGCACACGCCAGCUUUUUUCCCCCACUUGUGUGUCAUUUCCAGACAAUCAACUACUUAAGUGGUUUUUGUUCCAGCUAGGCGGGCCGUUAAUGAUACGCGCCGCUACAUAUUCUAUCGCGAGAGAAUCUACAAUUCCUUAUCAAGAUGUCGUACAUGUUACCACAUCUCCACAAUGGCUGGCAGGUGGACCAGGCCAUUUUGUCUGAAGAGGACCGGGUCCUGGUCAUCCGUUUCGGUCAUGAUUGGGACCCGACGUGUAUGAAAAUGGACGAAGUUCUCUACAGCAUAGCUGAAAAGGUAAAGAACUUUGCUGUCAUUUACUUGGUCGAUAUCACAGAGGUGCCUGACUUCAACAAGAUGUAUGAGUUGUAUGAUCCCUGCACAGUAAUGUUCUUUUUCAGGAACAAACACAUCAUGAUUGAUCUGGGCACUGGCAACAACAACAAGAUCAACUGGACCAUGGAAGACAAACAGGAGAUGAUAGACAUUGUUGAAACCGUGUACCGAGGUGCAAGAAAAGGAAGAGGUCUGGUGGUGUCACCUAAGGAUUACUCUACAAAAUACCGAUAUUGAUUUUUUUCUUUUUUUAAUCUUUUGUGGCGUCCAUUCAUGUUUCGUGAUAUUUUGUGACAAAUGUUUGCAACAAAUAGACUACAAGGUGCUGAAUCAUGGAAUACUUUUUUCAUCACCAGUCACAGGACAAUAUUCUUUUCUAUGAAUAAACCUGAACAUGUGACAUUGGAAUGAAA